AUGCAUGAUGAUCCAACAAAAACUGUAACUGGCAUAGAAGCUAUUGCUAAACGUAUUGAAGAAUUAUCAUUAAAACAACAUCAUGUUAAAAUUCGUCAAGUUGAUUGUCAUUUAACUGUAGAUUUAUCAAUUGUUAUACAAGUUUGUGGAGAAAUAUCAUCAACACCAGUAACUGAUACUCAAACUCAACCAAUUAUGAAAUGUUUUGUUCAAACAUUUGUAUUAACACCAACAGAUAAUUCAAAACAAAAAUAUUAUGUACACAAUGAUAUAUUUCGAUAUCUAGAUAGUCCAACAACAAUUUUAACAAAUGAUAAUAAUACAAAAAUAUCAACAACAACAACGAAUAAUAAUGAAGUGUCUAAUGAAUUAAAAUUUAUGUUUAUAGGUUUAAUUGAUCAACUUAAAAACGCAAAAUACCAUCCUAUCUUGGUAUCUCUUCAACCUCAACAAAUCCAAUUUGAUAUUCUUGGAUUUGCAUUUGAAGCUACACCUACUGCACGACCAACGAUUCAAUCACCAAAUAUUAUGCCCGUCAAUUCAACAUCAUCACAUACAAACAUCAAAGAAUUUAUUGCAAAUACUAUCAUAUGUGGCGAAGUUACUACCUCGAACCUAACAUUUAAUAAUGAUGAAUUAUUAAAACUCGAACAGGCUAAUUUUGAUUCAAGUAAUGAAACAACACAAGCAACACAUCGUUUACUUCACAAAAUGCUACAAUUAGAAAGAUGUGUUGCGUUCAUUCUUCAAUAUUAUCAAAAUAUUGAAUUACAAAAUCUAUUAGUGGUACUUUGUGGUAGAUUCGACAAUUACCAUCAUAAUCAAUCACCUGAAUUUAUUUAUAAAGCGGUCUUUGAAUCAACCUUCUCCUCAAAAGUACCAUUAUUACGUCAAUUAUACGAACUCGAUAGAGAUGAUAUGAUAAAAAAACUGUAUUUUAUUUCUUAA